AAAAAAAGGGACUUGGACGCGUCUUUCGAUAAACCAUGGCAACUGCAGGUCGAGGGUCAUUUCGUGGCGGUCGUCAACGACUUGGUUCAACAAGAGCGAACAAGGCUAAUUCACUACCAAACCAAAACCUCACUAACGAGCCUUCGAAUAUAGACCAGCGUUUCGAAGACAUAAAGAUCCGCGAUGAGAUUGAUGCAAGACUGGGAUUCGAACGAUACCAGGAAGGCCCUGAGAAACUAGGAUGGCUUAUCAACAUGCAUGCUACUAUUGUAAAGGAUUCAGAAUGGCCAGGAGGUCGAGCAGCCGUUGAUUACUAUUUCAUUGCUGAUUCUGGCGAAACCUUCAAAACCACUUUACUCUACGAUCCAUAUUUUUAUAUCGGCUGCAAGCCUGGUACAGAAACAGAGGUGGAGGAAUACUUACGGCGAAGGUUCGAGAAUGUGAUUGAAAAGAUUACUAGAGUGAGGAAAGAGGAUCUCAAGCAGCCAAACCACUUGUUGGGCCAGAAGCGUACUUAUUUACAGCUCAUCUUUCGAAAUGUGUCGGAUUUACUGUCUGUCCGAAAAAUAAUAUUACCCACCGUCAAGAAGAAUCAAAAGAACCUUGAUGCUAUUGAUACCUAUGCCGACAUUGUCAAUGAAACCAAUAACAUUGACUAUGAACACACGACAAAUUUGGCCGCAUUGUCAUCACGGCGAAAUCCGCAUGAAACACUUGAAAACAUCAUCGAUAUCCGAGAAUAUGAUAUACCUUACUACCUUCGUGUGGCCAUUGAUAUGGACAUCCGUGUCGGUCUUUGGUACACUGUCCAAGCCAUGCCCGAUAACACAAUCCAGAUACAACGUCGCCCUGAUUUAGUCAAUCGUGCCGAACCUGUUAUCCUGGCGUUUGACAUCGAAACAACAAAGCUUCCGCUCAAAUUUCCAGAUUCUGCUAUCGAUUCGAUCAUGAUGAUUUCAUACAUGAUUGACGGUCAAGGUUACUUGAUCACAAAUCGAGAGAUUGUGAGUCAAGAUAUUGAAGAUUUCGAAUACACCCCCAAGCCUGAAUACGACGGCCCUUUUAUCAUUUUCAAUGAAGAAGACGAGCCUGCACUUUUACGUCGGUUCUUUGAGCAUAUUCAAGAUGCACAGCCGACCGUCUUUGUCACCUAUAACGGUGAUUCCUUCGAUUGGCCAUUCGUUGAAGCGCGAGCGAACUUUCAUGGUAUCAACAUGUAUGAGGAAAUCGGCUUUUAUAAAGAUGAGGAAGACGAAUACAAAUCAAAGCACGCCUUGCAUAUGGAUGCUUUCAGAUGGGUCAAGCGUGACUCUUACCUACCUCAAGGAAGUCAAGGUUUGAAAGCCGUCACUACAGCGAAACUGGGAUACAAUCCUCUUGAACUUGAUCCCGAAGAUAUGACAAGGUUCGCUAAUGAGCAGCCCCAAACUUUGGCCCAAUACUCAGUAUCCGAUGCAGUGGCCACAUAUUACCUCUACAUGAAAUAUGUGCAUCCAUUCAUCUUUUCACUUUGCAAUAUUAUUCCACUUACGCCGGACGAAGUCUUGCGAAAAGGAAGUGGUACUCUUUGUGAGAUUCUACUUAUGGUUGAAGCAUACAAGGCAAAUGUCAUCAUGCCCAACAAACACAUGGAUGAAACGGGCAAAAUGUUUGAUGGCCAUCUACUAGAGAGUGAAACAUACGUCGGUGGACACGUAGAAGCUUUAGAGGCAGGUGUGUUCAGAAGCGAUCUGCCAACUCAUUUUAGAAUUGCUCCGGAAGCGGCCCAAGAGCUUAUAGAUCAGAUUGAUGAUGCCCUCAAAUUUACGAUUCAAGUAGAAGAAAAGCUAAAGUUGGAGGACGUGGAGAAUUACGACGAGGUCCGAGAUAGCAUUACGGCGUUGCUGGAAGACUUACGAGAUAAUCCUAUGCGACACGAGGAGCCACUCAUCUAUCAUUUGGAUGUUGCAGCCAUGUACCCCAAUAUCAUUCUUACGAAUCGACUGCAACCCGAUGCCAUGAUUGAAGAAUCUGCGUGCGCAUCUUGCGAUUUCAAUCGGCCGGGUAAAACAUGCGAUCGUCGUAUGACUUGGUCAUGGCGCGGCGAGUACUUUCCUGCCAAACGCAACGAGUACAACAUGAUCAAAAACCAACUGAGUAUUGAAACCUUCCCAGCAAGACGACCCGGCGACCCGGCAAGACCUUGGUAUCAACUCAGCGAAACGGAGCAAUCUACAUUGCUGGAAAAGCGCUUAACGGAGUACUGCCGAAAAGUCUACCGAAAGGUUCGAGAAACACGCAUCGUUGAACGAGAAUCCAUCAUUUGUCAACGAGAGAAUCCAUUUUACAUCGAGACUGUCAAGGCUUUCCGUGAUCGUCGCUACGAAUACAAGGGUUUGCACAAGACUUGGAAAAAGAAUCUGGAUGUCGCCGCUUCAGAGGGUAGUCUGCCCAAGACGGUUGAGGCCAAAAAGAUGAUUGUUUUGUACGAUUCCUUGCAGUUGGCUCACAAGUGUAUUUUGAACUCUUUCUACGGUUAUGUCAUGCGUAAAGGUGCUCGCUGGCAUUCGCUGGAGAUGGCUGGUAUUGUCUGUUUGACGGGUGCCAAAAUUAUUCAGAUGGCCAGACAGCUUGUCGAACGCAUUGGUCGACCGCUUGAACUGGAUACCGAUGGUAUUUGGUGUAUUUUACCUAAAUCGUUUCCGGAAAAAUUCACGUUCAAGACAAAGAAUGGCAAGAAGAUUGGAAUCAAUUACCCUUGUUCUAUGUUGAACCAUCUUGUCCACGCCAAAUUCACCAACGAUCAAUACCAGACUCUAGUGGAUAAGGAUAAAUACGAAUACUCAGUCCACAGUGAGAACAGUAUUUUCUUCGAAGUCGAUGGUCCCUAUCGAGCUAUGAUCUUGCCCUCAUCCAAAGAGGAGGAUAAACUUCUGAAGAAGCGAUAUGCCGUUUUUGACCAUGAUGGCUCACUUGCUGAACUCAAGGGAUUCGAAGUCAAGCGUCGUGGUGAACUCAAGCUCAUCAAGAUCUUCCAGUCGCAAAUCUUCAAGGUCUUUUUGGAAGGUACAUCUUUGGAUGAGUGCUAUGCUGCUGUAGCCUGUGUCGCCAACCAAUGGCUGGAUGUUCUGUUUAGCAAAGCGGUGAAUCUACAGGAUGAGGAGUUAUUCGAACUGAUUUCAGAAAACCGAAGUAUGUCCAAGACACUUGAAGAUUAUGGCUCACAAAAGUCCACUUCUAUUAGCACCGCUCGACGUUUGGCCGAAUUCUUGGGUGACCAGAUGGUCAAGGAUAAAGGUCUCGCCUGUAAAUUCAUUAUUUCAUCUCGACCGUUUGGUAUUCCCGUCUCUGAACGUGCCAUUCCCGUUGCCAUUUUCUCUGCUGAACCUAGCAUCAAGAAGCACUUUUUGCGAAAGUGGCUCAAGGACAACAGUCUCACUAGCUUUGACAUUCGCGAUAUCCUGGACUGGCCUUAUUAUGUGGAACGUUUUGGUUCCGUCAUCCAAAAACUCAUCACCAUUCCUGCUGCCAUGCAAAAGGUCACCAACCCUGUUCCUCGUGUACGCCAUCCUGACUGGCUGUUUAAGCGAGUUGCUCAAAAAGAUGACAAGUUUAAACAAAACCGAAUCACCGACAUGUUUGCCCCGGCUACUGGAAAGUCGGUGAUUGAAGAAGCUGUUGCUCGUGACAUUGAAGAUCUUGGUGUGCAGCGAAACCCUCUUUUAGAACAAGAUGGCAAGGUGGUGCCUAAAGUCAUCAAGCAACGCAAACGCAAAUCGAAAUCCAAUAACGAGGAUAGAUUUGAUCCCACCGGAUCCGAUAACGAUGUACCAGACACGAUGCCGGACAUGCAUGAAAAUUAUUCAGACUGGCUGCAAUUCCAGAAAAGCAAGUGGAAGAAACAGCGUGUGGCUAGAAUCAAGCGACGAGAAACAGGUGAAGAUGAUUCAACGCAAGGCCGAUCAGAAAAUUCAGCAAGUGGCUAUUUCCGUCGACAGGCUGGAUCACUUGUUUCCAGCCCUUGGCAUAUUCUUCAGAUCGUGGAAAGCGACACUUUGGGAGAGUACCGCAUGUGGGUUGUGAUCCAACGCAGCCUCUAUUGCAUCAACCUAUCUGUUCCGCGCAUCUUUUAUGUCAACAGCCAUGAUAAUCAACCCACUGAAAGUUUGAUGAGCAACUCCGUGUUCAGCAUUGAACCUCGGGUCAGAACACUACCAAGGUCACAUCAAUGCUUGAAUCUGUUUGAAAUGACCAUGCCAGAGUCGGUAUUCCGGGCCGAACAAAAGAAAUUUGCCUCUUUCUUCAAUCAUCCUUCUACCGAAGGUGUCUAUGAAACGCAAAUCCCACUAUUGACCAGAGCUAUUCUCAAGCUGGGAUGUGUAAGCAAGGUCGAUCGAACCGGCAGUGGUGGUUUACGAAAGAUGGAGGAUCGCUUUUCGUUACUGGAUUUCGUUCAAGACGAAACCCUCUCCAAAGAUUACCUCGGACAGCCUAAAACCUUCAACUACCUCUACUUGUAUCAUGCUCAUGCCGACUCUCGUCAUAUGUUUGCUCUGGUGGGAACCGCUUUACCCCAGUCUCGCUGUUUCAUCAUUGGUACCAAUCGAGAACACGCUCAGAUGCCAAAUCUCAAUCAGCUGUAUAAACAACGGUUUACUGAACACCAACGUGGUCAAGAAACUCAAACCAACGAGACCAUCGAUUACAAGGAAGACAUGGAUUUUGAAACCACUUAUCAUUCUUCUGAAAAAGAUGCUCUCAAGGCUAUACAAAAGGAAUUAGUCAAGUACCAGUCUUUGAAGCGUGGUCCUACCAUCAUUGCCAUCUCUUCACCACGAUCCACCACCCAACUUGUGCAACAAAUUCGCAUUAUGAGUGAAUUCCCUUACGUAUCGAUGCAAUCUUAUAUUGAAGACAAGCGUCUGCCAUCCAUUGACUGGCUGCGUCCAACAGCGGCACGUAUGAUCAAUCAAUAUUUGAAUCUUGGUUCAUGGCUUACCGAGAAGUUGUUGCAAGCUCGGUACGCAAGUAUACCCUUUUGUAACAUUGAAAACGACCCGUAUCUCUACCUGGCCGACAUUGCCUUUGCUCGACGACUAAUGAAGAACGACAUGGUCUUAUGGUGGUCCCCUUCAUCCAAACCUGAUCUUGGCGGACGUGAGGAAGACGAAAAUCUGUACGCGGUUGACGAGUUGGUCAACCCUGAAAUCAACCACCCUGGCUCGUAUUCCAACGUGUGCUUUGAGUUGGAUAUAUUGCGGCUUUGUUUGAACACGCUGAUGGAAGCUCCCAUCAUCAACGAACUGGAAGGCAGUAAUGGUGGUAUCGGAUUUGACAACGUUGCCCAUACGCUUGACGAAUACAAUUCCGGUAAAGUCAAUACCACCGUGUCGUUUGGAGACGGCUCAUUGUCUGCCAAGACGUUCUCCAUGCUUCGUGGUAUGGUGCAAACAUGGUUUCAUGAAGCUUUGGAACACAACAAUCGAUUUGCCGAAAUGAUGAUUGACACGCUUCACCGCUGGCUCACAAGUCCCAGUUCCAGCAUGUACGAUCCAUGUCUAUACGGUUUGGUGCAUGGCAUGAUGAAGAAGGUGUUCAUGCAGUUGGUGGCAGAGUUCAAGCGACUUGGGUCUCAAAUCGUCUUUGCUAACUUUAACAAGAUCAUCGUCGUCACUCCCAAGGAAUCCAUGGACAGUGGUCUGCCUUACUGUAAUUAUCUCCUGAAGGCGGUGCAAGGCAAGCAAGUAUUUGAAGUGCUGGAUAUUGUGUUAUCCAACUAUUGGGAUCAGCUUUUAUGGAUGGAUGAAAUGAAUUAUGGUGGCAUUUUGCGCGAAAAAGACGAUGUCCUGGAAGCCAGGGAGAGCAAUGCUGUGGUGACCAUGCAAUGGAAUAUACAAGACUAUCUACCUCUUGGCACGCAAGAUGUUUUCCAACGCAUCAUUGCAAGUUAUGUCUACACCACGUACAACAACCGAGUCAAGCGUAUCAAAGAGACGAGCCAUGAUCCCUAUGCGCAUCGCGGACAAGAACCUGUGGACGGGGAUGCACAGAUGAACCAUGGCAACAGUGUCGAAGCUGAGCUCACUCGACACUAUGUUAGUCAAGACCUCACGCGGCGACUUCUAAAGCAGUUGGGUGAGAUCAUCAAAGAACAAGUCAAUAUGUCUGUGGAUCCGGAUAUCCAGGCACGUUUGUCGUUCCCUCGAUUUGCUGGGUCUCACCUUCAUCUGGACAAUGCUGCCUUGGAGCUGGUCAAAUCGGUGUGUGCUGUUUUGGCCCUGGAUAAGCGAAUCGAAAGCGAGGUCCGGGUGAUGAAGAGGAAUGCCCUCAGCUUGAUUGGCUCUGUGCCUGAGUUCAGUGACAAGGCGCAAUUCCAAAACCCUUGUGAAUACUUCAAACUGGCUCAAGUCAUCUGCAGUUACUGCAACUAUACCACCGACCUUGACUUCUGUCGCGACCGUGAUCUCUUGCCUGAAAACGACCAAGUCAAGCCAUGGCGAUGCAAAGGCUGUGGUACGGAGUACGACAAGAGCUUUAUUGAAGAGACAUUGAUCGGUGAGGUUCAACGACGAUUGAUGGCCUUCCAGCUGCAAGAUCUACAGUGCUCCAAGUGCCACCGAGUCAAACAGGAGAAUCUUCUCAAAAACUGUGGUUCAUGUGGAGGCAACUUUGUGCAAACCCAAAGGAAAUCGGAUUUAAUUAGCAAAUUGACUGUGUUCCGUAACAUUGCUAGGGAGCAAAAGUUACGGCUGCUAGUAGAGAUUGUCGACUGGACACUGGCCAAUUGUUAAUAGCUGUUAUCGUCUUUUAGAAUAGUGUAUAGUAUUUGAUAAAACAAGGAAUUGUGUUUCUGUACCAAGGGUUGUAUUUAUUAAGAAGAAUCUGUCGACCAUAGGCUUUUAUAACCGCGUACAACCCGUACGGUUUGCUAUGCUUUUCAACUACGCUAUCGGGUAUCUGUGUAUACGAGGGGUUAACGGCCUCUAUUUAUAUUCACUUCGUUUUGUUAAAAAUGUUUGCCACUAGACGAGCUGGGACCCCGACGGAAGAAAACAAGGAAUCAGCAGAUAUGUGGCCUGGUCAUUCUUGCAACUACAUUCGCGAUUGAGGGUACUGAACCACCAUCAAGAAUAGUACGA